UUUUUUGCCCAUCUCUAGUUCUAAAUUCUAAUCAAAAACGGUCUCAUGGGAGACGUCAGCUGAGCGUUUUAUGUCCUCCCGAGCUCGACGUCGAGCUACACCAUGUUUCCGGCUUAAUAGUUUCUAAAUUGUAGUUUAGCGUAGGAAGUAAGAGCGAGAUGGGCAACAGCGGGUUAAAAAAGCAUUACCUGACGGCGGAGAAAACGGGUGUCCUCAAUGUCUCGGGAGGCAAGCUGGAGACGAUCCCGAUGGACUUGCUGAACCUGAAGGCGGUGUUGAGGAACUUGGAUCUGUCCAAGAACAGGUUUUCCAGGCUGCCGGCGGAGAUCGGUUUGUUUAUCAACUUGAAGACGUUGUCCCUGGAUUCCAACAACCUGUCGAGCCUGCCGGAGGAGAUAGGCAACCUGACGAAACUGGAAGUCUUGUCGGCGAGGAACAACAGACUGAAGACCUUGCCUUCGACGAUCCGCGCUCUGGUAAACUUGAAGAACGUCCACCUCGAGUCGAACAAGCUGACCGAGUUCCCGGUCGCGUUCUGCGGGCUGAAGCACCUCGACUACCUCGAUCUAUCCAAGAACGCGAUCAAAGCCCUGCCCGAGGAGAUCGGAACGUUAACAGUCACGGAACUUGUCCUCAACCAGAACCAGAUCUCGACCAUCAGCCCGGAGAUCGCCCAUUGCCCGAGGCUCAAGACCCUCCGCCUCCAGGAAAACUGCCUCCAGGUCUCCGCCAUACCCACCAACAUGCUCCAUUCGUCCACAGUGUCCACCCUCUUUCUCGAGGGCAACCUGUUCGACAUGAAGCAGUUCAACAAUUUGGAAGGCUACGACUCUUACAUGGAAAGGUUCACCGCCACAAAAAUGAAGCUUUCGUGAUUAAAUUAAAAACACCUACACAAGUAUAUUUUUUAUGCUUACUGUUUAUACAAGCAAAUCUGUGUGUGUGUUUAUAUUCUACACUUUACAAACACAAAUUAGACAUUCAUUCUUCAGCAUCAGUGGUAAAUGUCGACAGGUUCGAAAAAUACCAACUGUUUGGUUCAAUCAUUGAGUAAAUUCUAAAAAAUUAUGCUUAUGAGGCACCUACAACACCAAAGCACAGGAUACAAUAAUUAUAUGAAAUUCUUUAAAACAUUUAUUGGUUUUUGCCUAUCCUUGCACUUGGUGUACUUCAUAAGAUCAAAACUUAAUUUCAUGAGCGGGAUUUUUCAUCUCGACCAAGACCUUAGAUAAAAAAAAUUUAAUUGAAAUAAUAAGGUCAAUUAUGAUUGCUAAACAUAUAUGGAUUCGUAAUGUAUUUUUUAGCAUCUGAUAGAUAACAGAACAUCCAUCUGAUAAAUGGGUUAGGGUAAGCAUAUCAGAACGUAAAUUGAUGCCCUCUCGACAGUUCGACUAACUUGCGGACCACAAAAUGUAGUCACAAGUUUAAUUUGCGCUGAAUGUUUUGCCUUGAUUUUCUUAAAUUUCAUUGAACCUUCAGCACAAGUCAAAGCUGAAAGUAAUAAAAAAAAUUAACUUUUCAGCUCGUUUAGCACUUUUUUCCUCAAUUCUGCACUUUUCAAGGUGUGGUUUGUACUUUGAAGGCCCUGAGCUCAUGGGCGUCAAACUGUUCUGAUAGUUCUUUCAAUUAAUUAUUC